AUGGCCAGCAGCUCUGAUGUGGUGAAGAAGGUCAUGCGCUUCAAACUUCAGCUCACAGACACAGCAGAGUCUGCCACGGUCCUAAAAAUUUUGCAGAAACUCAAGGAUCUUGAUAUCACGUUAGACAUUCUUGCUGAAACUGGAAUUGGCAAAACAGUUAACUCGCUUCGCAGACAUAAACAGGCUGGAGAAUUUGCCAGGUCGCUAGUCAGAAGUUGGAAACAGCUGGUGCCUAAGGAAUCCACAAGCCACACAGAAGACGGGGACGCGUCAGAGUGUUUGCCUGUCAAAGACAAACUGGAAGACCAGAAGUGUCCAAAUAACAGAAGUUUGACAGUGCAUGAUUUAAACAAUAAUUGCUUAACAUCUCAAACCAAGAGUCAGAACUCUUCAGAUGAGGCCCUCUUCAAAACAGGGGAUAGGAAAGCUGAUUCAGAGAAACAAUGUGAAGGACAGAUGAGACAUAAAGACCAGAAUGAAAAUCAAGAAAAACAUCAAAAAGAAAACCAGAAUCUCUCUCAGAAUGAUGUCUUGAAAAAGAAAAUUGAAAUCCAACAGGAUGAAAUUGACAAUUCAGUUGUUUCUGAGGAGAAGAAAAAUGAUCAGAGUAACAGAAAAUCAGGAGAGGGCGGUACUUUGUUUGGAAACAGAAACGUAAAGGACACUCUUGAGAAAUUCAGGUGUGAUUCCAGAGAAAAAAUGAAAAGCAACUCUGACAGUGGAAGAUUUGGGUCAGAAAAACAGUCAAAUAAGAAAUCAAAGGCAUUAAAAGAAUCAGCAAAGGAAGGCAAAGAAUCUUUUUCAUUUGAGUCCAGGGACAAAUGCUCAAAAACCUUAAAACUGGCCAAUGUCAAAGAUGAUAGAUCUUCAGGGCUAUUGAGGAGCUCAGAGGCCCAAAACCGAAAACGGGAAAAAACAAGUAAAGAGGAGCACAGCACUUUGAAAUACAAAGACGAGUCUGAAAAUGAGGGACAUCCAAAACACACAAACAAAAAGGCCAAAAGAAAGCAUGAAGACAAGGAAAGUGACGGUGACCCAGAGGAGCCCUCCAUGUCUUUUGAAUCAUACUUGAACUAUGAUGUAGAUGUUUUCAAGAGGAAAGAAAGAUCUGGAGUGAAGAAGCCUCCCAAAAAAAUCAAGACUUCAGUGAAAGAUCCAGACAUGAAAGCUUGCAAGUCACCUGCGAUGUCUAAUAAUGUUACCUCUGCAAAACAGCAGUUUAAGGAGUCUGUAAUGGACCUGUUGAAUAUUCCUUUACCCGCUGUUCUGCCCGUGUGUGAAAAGGCUUCCAGUGUUGAGUACUUUGAGAGGAAAGUUGAGAAGGAGUCCGAUUUUUGUGACAUCUCCGAGGAGUCGGCAGUCUUCACCGGUCAGCGACUUAACAAGAAAAUGCAAGUGUACUCUGGUGCCAAGACCAUCUUCCUCCCAACCAUGAUGAGCUUGCACCAACAGUGUAUCCGCACACUCCAGAAUAACAUUAACUUGCUUUAUGAAACUGGCGGAGUCCCGUUUGAAAUCCUCGAGCCGGUGCUGGAGAGGUGUACGUCGGAGCAGCUGCUACGCAUUGAAGAAUGCAACCCAAUCUACAUUGGAGUGACGGACCACUUGUGGGGCAAACAUUGCCAGAGGGACUUCAAAGACUCCAAACUUCAGGAGUAUGAAUCAUGGAAAGAGAUGUACAUCAGGCUGUCAAAGGAGAGGGAAAUGAAACUCCAAAGACUGACAAAAAGCAUUGUCACAGCACAUUCUAACAAGCCCAAAGGUCGGCAGGUGAAGAUGGCAUUUAUUCACACUGUUGCCAAGCCACCGAGAGAUGUGCGAAUUCAGCAGGAGAUUCAUGGAACUGCUGUUCAGCAGCCUCCUCAGCUCAGGUGCAGCGUCAAGGUUCAGGACAACAGCUCGAGGCCGGGUUGUAGUGAGCCCAGCAGGUCCGGCAGCACCAGUUCAGGAGCAGGCAUUAGUCAAGACCCUCGCAAAAAAACAAGAGUUGCUCCAAUGAUGGCAAAGUCCCUAAAGGCAUUUAAGAAACAGCUGGGACGCAGAUAA